AUGCCCAACAUUGCACCCACCAUCGCGAGGCAGGCCCUGCGCAUUGCCUCUCGCCGCUAUCCAUCACCAGCCUUUGUACGCACCGCUGGUGCGGCUGCGCGUCGUCACUAUGUCAGCGAGAGCAAGUCUUCACAGGCGACGGUCAAUGUCGACACUGCGAUCAAGCAGGAGCAGCGGGCCUAUUUAGACAAGACGGGUGAGCGGCCAAGUGAUGCGACAAUGCCAACAACAGGCAUGGGCGCGGAUGCCAUGAUGAGCCCUAGCGCCGGCAUUCUCAAGCAGGCUACGGUAAUGGACCAGGGAUCACGGCCCAUCUACUUGGACAUGCAAGCUACUACGCCCAUGGACCCUCGAGUUGUAGACAAGAUGAUGCCAUUCAUGACCGGCAUGUACGGCAACCCUCAUUCGCGAACUCACGCCUAUGGGUGGGAGACCGACACGGCCGUAGAAGAAGCUCGCGCAAACAUUGCCAAUCUGAUUGGUGCAGACCCAAAAGAGAUCAUCUUCACCAGCGGUGCAACUGAAAGUAAUAAUAUGAGUAUCAAGGGCGUAGCACGAUUUUUCGGGCGAAGUGGCAAGAAGAAGCACAUCAUCACGGCGCAGACGGAGCACAAGUGUGUGCUCGACAGCUGUAGACAUUUGCAAGACGAAGGUUUUUCGGUCACUUACCUGCCAGUAGGGAGCAACGGUCUCAUUGAUAUGGCUCAGCUCGAAGCCGCCAUGCGUCCCGACACUGCUAUUGUCAGUAUCAUGACCGUGAACAACGAGAUUGGUGUGGUACAACCUGUCGAGGAGAUUGGACGUCUCUGCCGAUCAAAGAAGAUCUUCUUCCACACUGACGCAGCGCAAGCUGUUGGAAAGAUUCCCAUUGAUGUCAACAAGAUGAACGUCGACUUGAUGUCAAUAUCUGGACACAAGAUCUACGGACCGAAAGGCAUUGGCGCAUGCUACGUACGACGACGACCGAGGGUCAGACUUGAGCCCAUUAUCAGUGGCGGUGGCCAGGAGCGCGGCCUGCGAAGUGGCACAUUAGCACCUCCGCUUGCUAUCGGCAUGGGCGAGGCUGCGCGGAUCUGCAAAGAGGAGAUGGAGUAUGAUACCAAGCGCAUCACAGCGUUAUCAAAUCGUCUUCUCGAAGGCUUGUUAUCACUCGAGCAUACCACACUGAAUGGUGACCGCGAGCGACAUUACCCCGGUUGCGUCAACGUAUCGUUUGCGUAUGUCGAGGGAGAGUCACUUCUUAUGGCGCUGAAAGACAUUGCUCUUUCUUCUGGAAGUGCUUGUACUUCGGCGUCGCUUGAGCCAAGCUACGUUCUUCGAGCUCUCGGCAGCAGCGAUGAGAGCGCACACAGCAGUAUUCGCUUUGGCAUCGGCCGCUUCACGACUGAUUCAGAAAUCGAUUACGUCUUGAACGCAGUCAAGGAGCGGGUGACGUUCUUACGAGAGCUGAGUCCGCUGUGGGAGCUUGUUCAGGAGGGUGUUGAUCUCAACACGAUUGAGUGGAGUCAGCAUUAA